GGUGUUGGGGGGGGGCUGGGGACAAGUUUUCUCUUCUGGAGGUACUGGAUGAGGAAAACAGAAUGAGUGAAUGACGGGACUUCACAGAGCUAUUGGAGGUUUUUCCAGACCCGUUUUCCAUGCGAGCCUCUUUGGACAUGUACACCGAAGGCGCACAAGCAACGGGACACCGGCGAUUCCUCCAGUCCAACGGCACCGUUGAUCUGUGCCCCUGCCAGCGCUGCGCCCACCAUGGUGGACCGAGGUACCAAGCAGACCACCCGCAUUUGGAUGGCCGCAGAGACACCCAGCCUCUUUGGGUUAAGGACGCGGGGGGGAGGAUAUCCAGAGGCGGUCAUUGCAGCCCCCAGAGACGGCCCGUGUUUCUCGGCCCUCUCAUCCAGUCGAGUGACUUGCCCCAGCCCAGUCCCCCGUGGGAGUUGAACCCUGCCCAGUGGAGCCACUUGCCGGAGCCUGGCACUAGACAUUGGCCAUCUUUCAGGGAGCAGUGUGACUGUGUGACCGGACACAACCACGCCAGGGCACAUCCCUUUCAAUUCCAGAUACCACAUCCACUCCCUCAUCUGCGUGUCAACGGUCCAGCGUAUGGAUUAAGCAGGACUAUGUUCUAUGAUGAGUUUGUGGACAAAGGGGCCAAUGGUUCUGCUUGCACCCCACAAAAUGGCCAUUUGGAUCAUCCCUUUCCCCUGGUUAAUGGGCACUCCGCACCAAAGCCUGGACCCUCAAAGAGAAGAGAUACCUAUUUUGACUCUGGCGGAUCAGAUUGUAAUGGACACCCUCACAAAGGUUUCUUCCCAACCGAAGUCCCACAAAAGCACUUGAACCGAGACAAACCGAAGGGGAUUAUCGGCCGGAGCCCAGUCGUCAUCAGUACAGAAGCGCCGGUCUCCAACCAGCACCAGGAAUUGGGGAAGCAACCAAGAGGGCAGGAUUCAGUGAGGGAUCAGAUUCGACAAGUGGUGACGGAUCUGGAGGACGUGUUGGGGGGGUUGAAGCAAGUUCACGUGGAGAUGAAAGAGGUCAUCGAGCAGAUUGAUCAUCUCACGGCCAACAUGGAUCUCGGCGAGAAGCCGCGCAGCGUUGCUUACGGGUCGUCAAGCGGCGUUCUCGUAGCCGUUCACCGAGGGGAACUCGUGGCGUCGCCCCAGUCCGGUCGCAGGGCCGCCCCGGUCGAGUGGUCGAGGCGUUCCGACGAGGAGCGCAUCAUCCUGAGGACAAACUCUCCAUCCCCGGUUCACAUGGCGGCAGUGGUCAAAACCCGCUGCUUCACUCAGCCUGGUCACGCUAAGGACCUCAAGCAUGUAAACGGGCAUCCGCCUCUGCCGGACCACGACUACAAAGCGGACAACCCGGAGUCCCGUUCGCAGAACCUAAACCCCGAAAUUGUCAUCGGGAACAGCACUACGAUUCACUCGAGGACUCAAAAGCCUCCGCUGUAUCCGCACGAAUCUACCAAAGCAGCCAGGACCGCCGAGUACGCCUGGAGGGGCCGCCAGAACAACAGCAUGGUGUGAGGAAGGGGAGAGGCGGCGGCGGCGGCCUGCACUGGUGCCAUCGGGGGGCUUGAAACAUGAAACCCUGCGACAGCAAGUGGAGGUCAGCGAACGAGCACGCAGGAGAAAAACUCAGGCAGGAGUAGCUGUGGAGCGAAGCGAGGGGAAAAAAAAAACACCCUCCCCCGUGAAAGUCGGACGGUUCCGCCGGCGGAGCUCCCAAACCAGUUGACAGAUAAUCCCCAACCCAACAGGCGCCGCGAGGACGUGCGCC